CCUAUUCACAAAUCCUUUGCAGCUUGUGGAUGUGCGGGAGAUGGAGUAUUUCGCCAGUCAAAACACUGGGGAGGUGCGCGUGCGCGGUUCUAACGUAUUCCACGGUUAUUACAAAGAUCCCGAGAAAACUGCUGAGGCUGUUGACUCUGAAGGCUGGCACCACACGGGCGAUGUGGGCAUGUGGCUUCCAAAUGGCACGCUGCGCAUAAUCAAUCGUCGCAAACACAUUUUCAAGCUAAGCCAGGGCGAAUAUAUUGUACCGGAGAAAAUUGAGAAUAUUUACACUCUGAGCCAAUAUGUAAAUCAGGUGUACGUUUACGGAGAGAGCCUUAAGAGCUGCAUCAUAGCCGUCGUCGUGCCUGAUGUGGAUGUUCUCAAGCAGUGGGCGAACGACAAUCGCGUCAAGGGCACACUUUCGGUGCUAUGCAUGCAAUAAUCCACAAGUAAAAGAACUCAUGCUGAAUUGGGGUAAGCAGAGCGGACUGAAAUCCUUCGAACAGGUCAAGGAUAUAUAUUUGCAUCCCGAUCCGUUUUCGGUACAAAAUGGACUACUCACACCAACAUUCAAAGCGAAGCGGCCACAAUUGAACAAAACAGUGCGAGAAACCCCGUAGAGGAGUUAGAAGUAAAAUGCGAACAAUUUUAAACUUUAUGCGAAAAUAGAAAAAACAUUAAAUUGAUAUUUAUUUAAUUAGGCAUCAAUUUAAAUUUCUGUAAAAUAGAUAUUUUAAAUACCGGCAUAAAAGCAAACUAUUACCAUUUUAGCCAAAACUAUUCUUCAGGUACUAAAUAAAAUUUUAUUAGAAAAGAGUAAUCAAAUGUAAAUAUUAUACUAAUUUAUGUACAUAAAAACUAA